AUGCCUAUAAAAGUUGCUCUGAUUACCGGUGGAGCUUCGGGAAUAGGUUUCGCUACUGCGAAGGCCCUCUCAAACCACUUAAGCGAAAACUGGGACAUUCACAUAGUCGACGAAAACGCCGAAGCAGGCAAAAAAGCAGCAUCUGAGCUAAAGGGCGCCUUUUUUCAUCAAGCCGACGUUACAAGCUAUCAGUCUCUCACUUCUGCCUUCGAGGUAACCUGGACCAAUGCCGAACGCCUCGACUUCGUAUUUGCAAAUGCCGGAAUCGCCGUGGUUGAUACGUCGUAUCUCGCUUUGCACUAUUUUCGCAAGACCAAAGCCAAGAAUGCCGGAGAUGGAUUGGAUCCUGUUCUGAUCAUGACAGCUUCUUGUGGUGGUCUGUAUCCGAGCGAGUUCUGUCCCAUUUACAGUGGAAGCAAGGCUGGAUUGAUAAUUUUCAAUCGCGCAAUCGCAUUGGCAUAUCACAACGAAGGCGUACGCACAUCUACCAUCUGUCCUGGGACUAUCAAAACAGCGUUGAUGUCGGAGGAAGAGUGGAAGUUCUUCCCGGCCGAGCAUUUUACACCAGUCGAGACUGUCUCUGACACUGUUGUGAAGCUAGUUGAAGGUGCAGAAAUGAAAGAUGCGAAGGGGAUAACAAAGAGCAAGAAUGAGAUUUGGGGAUUGACCGUGGAGGUUAACGGAAGGAACUUUUACUUCAGGGAUGGACCUGAGUACUGUGAUGACAAUAUGAAGGAGAUGAUGACGAAUACUAGUAUGACAAAGCAGCUGACUAGGAUUGAAGGCAAAAGCAAGUAG